AUGAAAACUGCGAAUACAUCUGAUCCGUUUGGAUUAUAUUAUUCAUUUUAUAAAAAAUUGAUCGGCGAAUCAUCUUUGUUGGAAGCGCUGAAUCAAAUAACGAACGAUAACGUAACAGAAUAUGGUCAUACUAUUAAUACAUUGAAACGUUUUAAUCUUUAUCCUGAGGUGAUUUUAGGUAUAGCUUUCAAAUUAUUCAAAAAGAUAGCUAAUGAAAGUCAUUGGGUGGUAGAACAAUGCUGGCAAGUCAACCGGGGUGGCGAACUACCACCCGUGAUCAGCUGUGAAGGAAUCGGUAAUGAGCAUUAUUUUUAUAUCACAAUGGUUUUCGCCUUGGCAAGUACAGUAGCUUCAACGAUAUUCUUAUCUGGAGUUUUACUCAGCGAUACAGUAUUAGGUGGCAUACUUGCAGUUUGCUGUUUUUUUUUCAAUCAUGGACAAGCCACAAGGGUGCAGUGGACUCCUCCACUUCGCGAAUCCUUUGGCUAUCCCAUUUUUCUAGCUCAGAUACUUGUCGUCACGUAUGUAUUAAAACAUAAUAAAAAUGGCUUCUUGUGGUCUCUUCUCAUCGCGUAUUUCACAACUACUUUUAUGCUUUUUUGGCAGUUCUCUGCAUUUGCACUCACCACUCAAGUGGGCUCGCUUUUCGCUACUUUUAUCCUUGAUUUUAUCCCUGUUAGGACGAUGAGUACUAUUGUAUAUGGUUAUGCGGUAGCAUUUUUUACUGCAUUUGUGCUGUUAUUUGGUAAUGAAAUGUUGCUUACAUCAUUCUACUUGUCCAGCAUCAUCACUUUGUGGAUAAUUUUAUCUCUAUAUCGAUAUCUAUGUCGUAUUACAAAUCGAUUGUUGUUUAUAACUGUGAACAGUGCUCUGUUUAUUACUGGUACUGUAGGUAUCAAAUUGACUAUAAGUCACUUGUUACAUGUAGAGGAUGACGCCCAUAUAAUGGAUCUUCUUCGUGCCAAAUUUACAUCAUUUGCAAAUUUUCAUACACGCUUGUACACGUGUGCCAAGGAAUUCGAUUUUAUAGGAAGCGAGGAUCUAAGAGAUCUCAUGAGAACAUUUCUGUUGCCAGCUGCGGCUUUAUCACUUUUCUUCGUCUUCAUGUUUUUUGUGCGAUAUGAACCGCUGAUGUACCGAAAUAAAACUCGAGUCAAACCACGUGCGGAGAUUGUUUACAAUAUUAUCCAGUGCAUUUGUUUUACCAUCAUGGCUUGCCUUAUCAUGCGUUUAAAAUUAUUCAUGACACCUCAUUUAUGUAUUAUUGUGGCAAUUUUAGCUAACUAUGAGUUUGUGGUACAUGCUAUUCAUUUCAAUAUAUCAGGAUGGUUGCAUCGAAUUUUAAUUGUUGUAUUAUUAGCAACUAUGGCUUAUCAAGGAGCAAUAAAUAUCAAAAAACAGCUGGAAAUUCAGGGAGAAUAUAGUAAUCCCGAUCAAGAAGCACUUUUUCAUUGGAUAUCUACUAAAACAAAAUCAGAUUCCGUUUUUGCUGGUCCUAUGCCAGUUAUGGCCAAUGUCAAAUUGUCUACAGGAAGACCGAUCGUGAAUCAUCCUCAUUAUGAAGAUGCUGGACUGAGAUUUCGAACGCUUAAAGUUUAUUCACUAUUUAGUCGGAAGCCAUUGAGCGAAGUUUAUGAUGCUUUGAAAAAAAUGGGUAUCAACUAUUACAUUUUUCAGCCAAGUUGGUGCGAUUCACAUGUGUCGAUGCCAGAAUGCAGCUAUCGAGCAAUGUGGGAUUUGCAAGAUCCCGCUAAUCGAAAACGUGAAUCGUUGUGUGAUUUAAUUUUGGAUGUGCUGAGCGGGCGUCAUAUGAGAGACCUUACGCCAUUUAGGAUUGUUUAUAGUGCUAGAAGCUAUGUAAUAUUUGAGCUUUGA